GUUUCUUCAGUCGACCGAUGUUAUGUCCAAGGUGAUCUACAGUUGAUCGUAGCUGAGCCGAUAAUGAACGUACACCCAAACAGCCACUACCAUGGGUAAUGCAAGCAGUCCGGUCAGUACUAUGAACGAGGCAGACACCGAACGUUUGACUGAAACAACCAAGUGGUUAUGGAUAAUAUGCGGACCACUUAUUUUCAUUCCCGGAUUAAUAGGCAACUUUAUUGCCAUGUGGAUUUUCAUAAAAUUGAAAAUCACUUCUUCCAAAGCCUUUUUUCAUCUAUUUAUUUUAGCUGUCACUGAUACUGCAGUUCUGUUUACUAACCUCGGCAGACCGUGGAUUAAGCACACGUUUGAUUUAGAGGUACGAGACCUUUCAGACGCAGGUUGCAAACUUCAUCAAUUCUUUGCUUACACAUUCAUGGAUUUCUCUGGAUGGAUUAUGGUCUCUCUUGCAAUCGAGAGGUUUCUCAGCGUUUAUAGGCCUAUGGAUUACCAGAAAUGGUGCACCAUUAAACUAGCAAUGUUGAAACUUGUAAUCAUAUUUAUUGUGAUAUGCGCUAUAAAUGCUCACUUAUUGGGGACAUACGGACUCAGUAAUGAUAAUGUGUGUGAUAUCAUAAAUAAGGACUUUCGUCAUUACGACGAAACUAUAUUUAUUUGGAUAGAUCUCUGUGUUCUAUCAUUAAUUCCGUUUGUAAUAAUGCUUACGUGUUCUGUGCUAAUCGUUUACAAGCUUAAAAACUCGGACAUGGUCCGACAUCCCUCUCUUCACACUUCGUCAUUAAAAAAUUCAGAAACCAGUAAAUGGAAGACAGAGAACAGAAACACGCCUCACACGCGGUUACUGGUUGUCUUGGCAAUUGUUUACAUUUGCCUGUGUCUACCUAAUUCUACCACCUAUCCCGUCGAUGAAUUACUAGUACGUCCGAAGAAUACCAGUUAUAGCAGUGCCCAGUGGGAUGUUGCCUGGACAGUUACGUAUCUUCUACAGCUGUGUAACUACGCAAUAAACACCAUUAUUUACACGAAACAAUCCAAGAAGUUUAAUGAAGAAUUUCAAAAACUGAUUUGUUGCCAACUAAUCAGAAGACCCAGAUCGCAGGAACAAUCUUCCAGAAUACUGAAGAACAUGAAUGGUGACCAUAACAGAAGACACAACUUGGCGACUUCAUUUACUUUAUCAACAUCGAUAGGUGACAGCGAUUUUGCCAACACCAUCUCCAGUGUAGUUGGUCUGAAUCAUAGUUCACUGGGCUCGUUGAAACCCAAAGUGUGUAACCCAGCAGAUAUCCACUGUAUUGAGGCACAAUGUGAGGCAGCAGAAGAUCCUGCUAUUAAACAUGCCACUGGUAACGACGGUAGAAAUACGAGACGCACUUUCGAGUCAAAUUAUGACAACUUACAAGAAAGGGCGAAUGAACAGUCGAAAGGAAAACAGAGCGGAGCUGGAGAAACACUUAACAGUAUUGAUGUGUUGGAGAACAGUGCUGGUGAAAAACUGAACAUUAUUAGUGAAACAGAGAACAGUAUUGGUGAAACUCAAAACAGUAUUGGUAAAACAGAAAACAGUGCUGGUGAAACACUGAACAAUAUUGGUGGAGGAUUGAAGAAUGGCGAAGAAACACAGAACAGUCUCUUUUUCAAAUUCACUAGUUACAGUUUUUGUACGAAACCUUUUUCAGAUUGUGAUGACGUAGCAUGUUCCAUGUCUGCUAAGACGUGCCAGACUCUUAUUCAUGUUUCACCCACGAUCACAGAAUAUAUCACCCGGCUGUAAACGAGUAAAUUACCAGUCGGUGAAUUUCAAGAAAGAAAGAGAAACGUGUUUUCUUUAUUUCUCAGAGGAUCACGUAAUCAGUUACAACCAACCGUUUUUAGAAUUUUUGUUUUAUUUAUUGAUCAUGAUUAAAUAAAACACAAUUUUUUUUUAA